AUGUCUUCACCAUCUUCUUCGAGGAUAAUGAGGGCCGUACAGUACCACAAAUACGGCGGAGGAGCCGAGGGCCUCAAGCACGUGGAGGUGCCGGUGCCGUCUCCGAAGAAAGGCGAGCUGCUGGUUCGGGUGGAGGCCGCCAGCAUCAACCCGCUGGAUCGGAGGUUCCAGAAGGGCGUCGGGCGGCCCUUCCUGCCCAGCAAGUUCCCCUUCACCCCGGUCUGCGAGCUCGCUGGCGAGGUAGUGGAGUUGGGCGCUGGGGUGAGCGGCUUCAGGCCAGGCGAUAAAAUCAUCGCCGUCAACUUUCCGGGUAGCGGCGGCCUGGCCGAGUACGCCGUGGUGUCAGCAUCGAAUGCGGCGUUGAGGCCGCCGGAAGUGUCGGCAGUUGAAGGCGCGUGCAUUCCUAUCGCGGCAGCCACCGCGCUCAUGGCGCUCAGGACGGCCGGGGUCGGCCUCGACGCCGGCGACGGCCCCGCAAAGAACGUGCUGGUCACCGCGGCCUCCGGCGGCGUCGGCACAUUCGCCGUGCAGCUGGCUAGCCUCGCGGGACACCACCACGUCACGGCUACCUGUGGCGCGCGCAACCUGGACCUCGUUCGGGGCCUCGGCGCCGACGAGGCGCUAGACUACUGCACCUCGGAGGGCACCGCGCUGCGUGGGCCGUCCGGACGGAAGCACGAUGCGGUGGUGCACUGCGCGGAGGGGUUCCCGUGGUCGGCGUUCAAGCCGGCGCUGGCGGACGCCGGUGGCGUGGUGGUGGACCUCACCCCGCGCAUCGCGUCCGUCGCUGUCGCAGUGCUGCACUGGCUGUGCUUCUCGAAGAAGAGGCUUGUGCCGCUGAUCGUGUCGACGAAGAAGCAGGACAUGGACGCACUGCUGGGAUUGGUGGUGCAGGGCAAGAUCCGGGCUGUGGUCGACUCGCGUUACCCGCUAAGCAGGGCGCGCGAGGGCUGGGCCAAGAGCAUGAGCGGCCACGCCACCGGUAAGAUCAUCGUGGACAUGGUAAAAGACGCAGAGUAAUAAUUAUGUACCACGAGCACGCCAUGUCACUUUAGUGAAUUAUUGUAAGAUAGCCAUACUUUGCUAUUUCUUUUCUGAGGAAACAGCUAGCCUCUGCUGCUGAUUUUGCCAUUUCUAGCCUGACUGAAAUAUAGCUAUUUGUAAGUAAAUCUUAUGAUUUGAGCAAUAAGAUUUGUGCGAAAGAUACACACAAAAAAUCAUGGGUUUCUACGUUGAGUGAGAAGUGACUAUUUGUAAGAUGGCUAUAGUGAUAUCUUCUUUGCAAAAACAAUGCCCUAUUCCUCCUUUGCAGUCCAAAGUUUCCGCUACAAAAAAUGCUAUAAUCAUAUUCAUUACUGAGGAAAUUCCACAUCGCCAGCCAGCCUCUGGCCUCAAGAAAAGGAGUCAAUUCAAUGGUUAUUUUGAUAGCCUAUGAGCUUUGGCUUGAGCGAAGCCGGAUAAUUUUUGAAGGGAAGGUAAGACCGGUGAGAGACAUUGUUGGUGUGGACAU